UCCUGCACAGGGCCUCUGUCUGUGCCUCAUUAACCGCGGGCCUGUGUUUGCCACAUCCAAUAUGGCUCACUCUGCGGCCAAGGCGAAGCUGGGAAGCCCAGCAACACUAUUGGGGGAUAACUCAUGUCUCCCGGCCGCACUCAGAGGGCUGAUUAAUGACCCCCAGUUCAGUGAUGUAACGUUUGUGGUGGGCAAGGAGCGGCAGGUGGUCCACGCUCACCGAUGUAUUCUGGCGUGUCGUUGCAAGGUCUUCCAAGGCAUGUUCAGCAAACAACUACAAGCGGCUAAAUCCUCGCAGGAGCUGCAGGUCCCCUUUGUUUUGGCAGAUAUGCAUCCCGAGGUCUUCUUGGCAGUCAUGGAGUUCCUUUACACCAACAGUGUGACACUCAACAAUGUCAUUGCGCUGGAGGUUCUAACCUCAGCUGUCGAGUAUGGUCUGGAUGAUCUGAGAAAGCUGUGCGUGGAGUUCAUCAGUAAGACGCUGACGGUGGAGCUGGCCUGUGAAGCCUUACAGGCUGCCGUCACUUAUGGUCAAAGCGACUUGAGGAAGAAAUGCUUAUCGUACAUUGAACGACAUACAGUGGAAGUCAUUAAGACACAGAGUUUCCGGGAGCUCUCGGACCUCGGGCUUCAGAGCGUCCUGCAGAGUAACCGUCUGACUAUUGAUGAAGUCCCGCUUAUUCAGGCCGUGCGGGAAUGGGCCCACGUUAGCUCGGUUGUUCUUGAUCUUCCCAUCUCUGUCGUUGCAAUGGACGUGGUGAGGGAGCUCCGUCUCUUUCUUCUUUCUCCAGACGAGCUGACGGCUCUGGAAAGAGAAAACCGCAAGGAUGAACUAAUACCGGAGAGCCAAAUCGCGCAGGCUUGGAAAUUUCACGCCCUGAAGAAAGUCAGUGAAAUUCAGCCACAUCUAUUCCACCGACGGAAGGGAACAAUCGUCAGAGAACAUCAUCGCUACCUAGAAACGCCUUCCAAAUGACGAUAUAAGUGUCAGCUCUGCUGCUUACCAGGAGCAAUUUGUCUCUGCUCUGCCUGUUCUCCGACUGCUUCUGAUGUAAAUAGUUAUCUAAAAACACAUCAUAAAAUAACAUUAAAGGGAUAUAUUUCUAAGGACAUAUUAAAAAUAUUUUAUUAUUUGUAUCUGAAACGUUUACGGGUUGUCUGCGUUGCCUGGAGUUCUUUAUAUGAUAAAGUAUACCUUUUUUCUUUUA